AUGUCCAAAUUCGGUAUCAUCUACCGCCCGGGCCUCGGAGCCAAUAACAGCGGACGGCCGAUGUGUUCAUCGUCGAGCUUGAUCAGAACGAUAGAUAACCAACAAACAGCCUUUCCUAUUACCCCUCAAUACCAAAGCGGGACUCCCCUCUCCUUACCCAAAAUGUCCAUCCCCAACGAAGCUCUGCAGAAGCUUCUGCAAGAAAUUGAAGUCCAAGCCAUCACCUCCCAACAACAGAUCGGCAUCACCAAGGCGCAGAUCACAACUAAGCAGAGAGACAUCCGCAUGCUGGAGCUGACAUCAAAGGAAAUCAGCUCCCUUCCUAAGGACACAAGGGUAUAUGAGGGUGUUGGCAAAAUGUUUGUGGCUGUCCCCAUGAACACGAUCGACAAGCGCCUGUCCAGCGAGAGCGGAGAUCUGAAGGCGGAUAUUACUGGCUUGGAAAAGAAGCUACACUACCUGGAAAUGACACAUAAGAACAGCCGGGAGAAUCUGGAGCAGAUCCUGAAGUCCGGCGGAAAGGCGUGA